AUGGCUUCGGCACAGUAUGGAUCUCUCACGCCGCUGCAACACUACAACCAGCAGCAGCACUACGGCGUCGCCUUCCAGGUUAUGCCCCAACAAGCGCAACCUCCUCCGCCGCCGCCGCAACAACACCUCCCCUCGACGGCGCUCCCGACCACGAUGCCGGACAUCAAUCACAUGCCGGCACUUACGCACACGCACCUGCAGCCGAACGGGACCCCCCUACAGACGCAUGCGCACCUGCAACCGCAGCCGCAGAGCACCACUCCCAUCCCGACACCGAUUCUAAAUACAGUUCCGAGUCCGAACUUGCCCGCAACACCCUCCACCACGGGCGGCCGAGGCCCGAAGCGCCGCCGCACCACCAACAACAACGACAGCACCGCAUCACAGCAGACCCCCUCGCCGGCGCCGCCCACCACCGUGCACCCCUUCAGCAAGGGGCCCUACGAGACGCUCGAAGACGCCAUAUUCGCAUUGCAGCUGCACGUCUUCACGUCGGGCUACGGCGUGUCGCAGAAGCGGACGGUCAAGGAGAAGCUGCCCUCGGGCAAGUACGACCCGGAGGGCGACAUCAUCCGCAAGGACUUCUCGUGCGACAAGGGCGGCAACGAGUUCGUGUCGCAGUCGCGGGGCGAGCGGCGGCGCGAGAGCAAGAAGUGCGGGUGCCAGUGGAAGGCGGCGAUCCGCCGCCUGCGCCGCGAGAACAACCACUGGUUCGUCGAGAUCCUCGAGCCUGCCCACAACCACCCCGUCACCCCCGCCGACGAGAUGCACACGCUGGCCUCGUACCGCCGCUGGCAGCGCGAGAAUAAUGCUGGUAUUCGUAGUGCCAUCGCCCGCCUCACGCGCGCCGCCGCCUUGCCCGCCCGCCAGGUCGUAGCAUACCUCCGGGGCGACGUCGCCGACCCCGACCUCGACCGCAUCGACAAGCAGAUCCUGCGCGCCCUCAGCAUGAACGACAAGGAGCUGCCCGGCACCGAGGGCAAGGACGGCAGCUCGGUCGCGUUCGACAUGCUGGCUAGGAGGCCAGUCAUCAUCCUUCAGGACAACGGAGGCACCGCAACACCCUCGAACAAUAAUGCGAGUACAAUCGCAAGUACAAGUGGGCAUCGGGAGCUACCACCAGGCGGCGGUGUCAUCAUGUGA